UAUAAAAAAGUAUAUGUCAUAAUUCUGUGACUAUUGACUAUUUGACAGUUAAUAACAUAACCUAUAAUCCUAUAAAUCGUAUUGUAAACUUGUAAAGUUCUUGUUAUAAAUUUAUGAAAUUAAUAAUACUGAAGACAAAAGCUUAAAAAAGAAAUAAAUAAUUAUAUAAUAAUGUCGGCUCUCCGUGCUAGAUUAGGAUCUUCUACAGUUCUCGUUAGAAGAUUGUUGUCCCAUUCCAAAUAUCACUCUAAAAUAGUAAUUUGCGGUAAUCCCUUAUCUAAUAAUUACAAUGUAAAAUAUACAUUAACUUCACAAUUUAGCACUGUUUCGGAUCAACAACCGGCCGAAACAGUAAAAGGUAGUGCAGAGAAAAAAGAAUUUCAAGCUGAAACUCGGAUGCUCUUAGAUAUUGUAGCUCGAUCUCUAUAUUCAGAUAAAGAAGUAUUUAUCAGAGAAUUAAUAUCCAACGCAAGUGAUGCCUUGGAAAAGUUUCGUUAUUUGAGUGUGAGCUCAUCACCAGAAUCACCAAAGCUAGAAGAAACUGAUAGACCUCUUAACAUAGAGCUAGCUACAGAUAAACAGAAUAGAACACUGACAUUUAAGGACUCUGGUAUAGGUAUGACAAGAGAAGAAAUAAUACAAAACUUAGGAACAAUAGCUAGAUCAGGUUCUAAGUCAUUUAUAGAAGAAAUCAAGAAACAAGGUGCCGAGCAAGCCAGUUCUAUUAUAGGACAGUUUGGUGUUGGCUUCUAUUCUGCAUUUAUGGUUGCUGAUAAAAUUGAAGUAUACACAAGAAGUAGUAUUGCUGGCUCACCUGGAUACAAGUGGAGCUCUGAUGGGUCUGGGACUUAUGAGAUACAAGAAGUAGAUGGACUUCCAGUCGGAACCAAGAUAAUUGUUUACUUGAAGACUGAUUGUAGAGAAUUUGCAGACGACGCUACUGUCAAAAGUAUAAUAAUGAAAUACAGCAAUUUCAUUGGUAGUCCAAUUUUAUUAAACAAUGAACAAAUCAAUUCAAUUAAGCCACUAUGGUUGAUGGAGCCUAAAGAGGUGACUCAGGAACAACACAUAGAGUUCUACAGAUUUAUAAGCAACUCUUACGACAAACCACGUUUUACACUCCAUUACAAGACAGAUGCCCCUCUAAGUAUAAGAUCUAUCUUAUAUGUACCGGAAGGUAAACCAGGACUGUUUGAGUUAUCACGAGAUUCAGAUGUCGGAGUGGCUCUGUACUCAAGGAAAAUUCUAAUUAAAAAUAAAGCUGAAAAUAUCUUGCCUAAGUGGUUGAGAUUUGUUAAAGGUGUUGUGGAUUCUGAAGAUAUUCCUCUCAAUCUCAGCAGAGAAUUGUUACAAAACAGUGCAUUAAUUGCGAAGUUACGUCAUGUAUUAACAAACAGAUUUUUGAAAUUUAUGGUUGACAUGGCUAGUAAAGACCCAGCAGGGUAUGAUGUAUUUUAUAAAGAUUACUCACUAUUCUUCAAAGAAGGAAUUGUAACUGGUCAAAGCCCCUUGGAAAAGGAAGAAAUAGCUAAAUUACUUCGUUUCGAAUCAUCUAAACUAGAAAGUGGUACUAAAACAUCCCUAGCUGAUUACAAUGCACGACAGUCUAAUGAUCAACGGAAUAUUUACUACUUAGCAGCUCCAAGCCGAGAAUUAGCACAAUCGUCACCUUAUUACGAAUCUCUUAAGAAACGCGAUGUUGAAGUUUUAUUCUGCUAUGAAAUGUACGAUGAGCUUGUUUUACUGGAAUUAAAAGAAUUCGGAGGUAGAUCGCUGAUAUCAGUUGAAAAUGAUAUGCAAAAAGACGCGUCCGAAAAAUCCGAUAAUAUUAUUGGAAGCGAUGACUUACAACAAGGUCAAGUUAAUGAAAUUAUAUCAUUCCUUAAAUCAAACUUAGCUGGGAAAGUAUUUGAGGUUCGAACUACACAGAAAUUGGAUACUCAUCCGUGUGUAAUAAUUGUGCCGGAAAUGGCAGCUGCGCGACAUUUUAUUCGAACACAAGCGCAAAACCUUAGCGAGGAAAACAGAUUCGCUUUGUUGAGGCCGCAAUUAGAGAUAAAUGCUAAACAUCCCAUAAUCAAGAAACUCCACAAGCUCAUUAGUAGCGACAAGGAUUUGGCGAACAUGGUCGCCCAGCAGUUGUUUUCUAAUGCGAUGGUGACCGCUGGCUUACUAAUGGACGCUAGAAAUUUAAUUAGCAACAUUAAUGAUCUUUUAGUGAAGGCACUAGAAAAAUACUGAAGUGUCUGAAUCUGUGUUAAAAGUUAAUACAUAAUAAAAGUUAUUUGUACAUUGUUUUCUUUGAAAAUAUUAAAAUGGUAAACUUGCACCUUCAAUGCAGGCAUUGUUAUUUUAAUAAUACAAUAUUUUAAUUUAA